AUGCUGUUGAAGCACUUUCUCUUCUUUACGAUUCUAUCGUGCGACUUGGUCGCUGCAUUUCCAAGCCCAUUGGAAGACUCACACGGCAUACUGAUAGCUCGCAACGAUAACGACUGCGGCAGUGAGGCCAAGUGGGAAAGCGGCAGAAGGGCUUGUGUCUGUACCAAGUCGCGCGACUUGAUUUACGACCCGGGGUCCAAGAAAUGUUCAUGUCCUGCUGAUGCCACAUGGAACGAGAUGAACAGCAGGUGCGAACAAAAAGGCUGCGGCAAGGAUGCUGUAUUCGACCAGAAACAAAAUGAGUGCGUCUGCAGAGAAAAGGGCAAGCGUUUUGACAAAAAGACCAAGACUUGCGGUUGUCCACUUGGGCAUGUCUUGGACGGGGAAGCCUGUCUUCCCGACUGUGGUAGAGACGCCGAUUGGAAUCGAAAGAUUCAACGCUGCCAUUGCAAGCUGCCCGGCAUGAAGUUCAACGACGGCACCAAGACUUGCAGCCCCGGCGCCGAAACCAAGUGGAAGAGCAAAUCGUGCAUUCUGAAAUGCGGCAAGGAAGCUAAAUACGACGGCAAGGAGAAGAAAUGCAAGUGCAAAACCCCCGGCAUGGUGUUCAACGACAAGACCCGGACUUGCGGCUGCCCCGACGGCAAGCACUGGAACGGACGGCAAUGCACCCAAGCCUGCGGCAAGGAUUCUAGCCAGGACGGACACUCCGACGGUUGCCGGUGCCAGAACGGCAUGGUCUUUGACGUCAAGGACAGCACUUGCAAAUGCCCUGCCGGCACGGCCUGGAACGGCUCCAAGUGCCGCACCGACUGCGGAAACGAUGCCGACUGCAGCAAAAAGAACGCCAAUCACAAUUGCAAAAAGACCGGGCGGGUAUUUUCCAAAGAAACCGAGACUUGCGUGUGUCCUGGCGGCCAGACCUGGACGGGCCAUCGAUGUGAAGCCGCACGCAACUGCGGGUCAGAUGCUUGGUACAGCGAAAAGAAGAAGCUCUGUGUGUGCACACUGCACGGCCAGGUUUUUGACGCGGUUGACAAGGCGUGCAAGUGCCCCAGGGAUACAGUGUGGAAUGGUCGCCAUUGUUGGAAGGACUGCGGAUCGGAGGCCCAUUAUGAUAAGAGCAGGAAUAGCUGCGUGUGCCGGGAUCCGGGGAUGAGCUUUGACAGGCGCAGGAAGUCUUGUGAUUAG